AUUAGUCCUGUUUAGGGGCUGGGUUUCUGUAUUUUAUCUAAAGAACAAAUCCGUUGUAAGCAAAUAUGGAGAGAUAAAGACAUUGAAAAUAAACGGAAGAAGUAUGCCUAUAUUACCAUAAGCUUUUUAAAAUGGCAAUACGGGAACUAAAAGUGUGUCUUCUUGGGGAUACUGGAGUGGGCAAGUCUAGUAUCGUAUGUCGUUUUGUACAAGACCAUUUCGACCACAACAUCAGUCCAACAAUAGGGGCAUCGUUUUUAACCAAGACGGUACCGUGUGGACAUGAACUACACAAGUUCCUCAUCUGGGACACAGCGGGACAGGAAAGGUUCCACUCGCUGGCCCCCAUGUACUACAGAGGCUCUGCCGCCGCCGUCAUAGUCUAUGACAUCACCAAACUGGACUCUUUCCAGACACUGAAGAAAUGGGUGAAGGAGCUGAAAGAACAUGGUCCUGAGGACAUCGUUGUAGCCAUCGCAGGGAACAAAAACGACUUGGGGGACAUCAGGGAAGUUCCUAUGAAGGAAGCGAAGGACUUUGCUGAGUCUAUCGCAGCAAUUUUCAUGGAGACCAGCGCCAGAAACGCUGUCAAUGUGGAGGAGCUCUUUCAGAAGAUCAGUAAACAGAUUCCGCCCCUGGAGAAUCCAGACUUAGACAGUAACGAGUCCUUCAAGAUAACCCGGCAGCCCCCUCCGUCUAACAAACGCUGCUGCUAGUAAGACCCCUUCCGAGUCCCAAAUAGACCCCUACCACCUUACCCCUGGGCCCUACCCCCCUAGCACCCUACGCCCUAGGUAUUUCUGUUGAUCUCAAGGGGAUUGGACUGGUGUAGUAUGAUCGAAAUAUGUUGGAAACUCUACCUGUCUUAUCUCAGGGAAAGGUGGCGGUAUUAUGGUGUUAACCACAUUGCUUACACCGAUCCUAUACUUUCAGAUCGGUAUGAAGUUGCUAGGCCUUAGGGGUAAAGGGCAAGGGGUCGGUUUGGAAUUCAGCAUCCGAUUACCAGUGAAAUGAUCACUCUCUUUGGUUCCAUUCCAUACACAGUUCCAUGGAUCAAGUUCCACACAUCCAUCUUGACACACGGGUCACAAUGUAGCGUUGGUGUACGCAACAGCUACACAGUUCAGCUCCUGAUUGCCCCCUUUUCGACAGUCCACAAUACAUAUACAGUACAUGGGUCUCAGGGAGAGAGGAGGACAAACAUGGCUUUGGCUUUGUGAUAGAUCAGAACCUCUCUCCCCUGUAGCGUAGUGAACAGUGUGUCCCAAGUCCAGAAACCGCUAUAUCCCAUAUAAAAGCUAGUUGGACAUUUCGCCAUAUUGUACCUAUUCUACCUACCAGAUAUAUCCAGGAUGCAUCACAACCGGGCCGUGAUUGGGAGUCCCAUAGGGCGGCGCACCAUUGGCUCAGCGUCGUCCGGGUUUGGCCGGUGUAGGCCUGUCAUUGUAAAUAAGAAUUUUGUUCUUAACUGACUUGCCUAGUUAAAUAAAAGGUUAAAUUUCAAAUGUACUCCUGUGCCUUGGUACGGUGUGCGGUAGGUGUCAUUUCUGGAUAUAGAGAGGAACCAGUGGGGGGUUUUUAGCCCUCUUGUGUGUUAGAGAUGUAAACAUGUUAAUAAAAUGAAGGAAUAGUAUGGUACAUAGAAGGAUAUGUUUUUAGUUCAUAUGCAGCAGCACAGAAUUUACAAAAAAAUCCUUUGAGAAACAGAGAAAAAAUAAAAAAAAUCAAUUUUUAAAAUGUAAUAUAUAUAUAUUUUUAAAUGUUACCUUUAUUUAACUAGGUAAGCCAGUUAAGAAUACAUUCUUAUUUACAAUGACGGCCUACCAGAAAAUCAAAACAUGUUAACAAAAUAACUUAUGACUUGAGAUUACAUUCCGAAUACUUAUACGAUAAAGAGUUUAUGAAUUCUCAUUCCCGAACAAUGCAGUCAACAGAUGUGUAGAUCCAUUGAUUGUAUUGUUGCACCGUUGCUCCAGUAUUACAAAGAUAGGAGUUAAUAUCCAUUUAUUGCAUGAAUUUGGUCUCACCGACCGUCGUUGUCUUUUUCCCCGUUGAACGCUUGUAAACUCAGGAAAAAAAAGAAACGUCCCUUUUUCAGGACCCUGUCUUUCAAAGAUAAUUUGUAGAAAUUCAAAUAACUUCACAGAUCUUCAUUGUAAAGGGUUUAAA